AUGCGCACAAACACGCUGACUCUCAAUCGCACCCAGAUCCGUUCCUGCGCCCCGUGUAGCCGGCCUGCCACCCGACACUUCGCUGCAAGCGCAACCGCUGCGACGUCACCACCACCACCACUACCAGCAACACCACCACCACGAGCAUCGCAGCUGCCGACGAUACCGCUGUCACCAGACUCUUUGAUUGCAACCUCUUUUUUUUUCGACUCCCACGCACGCACGCGCCUCGACACGUCGAAUGACCCGGACGCUGUAUCCCUUGAUCCGCAGCGACACGGGCUAUCACAACAUGCAGCAGCAGCCGCCGCCGCCACCUGGCGCUCAGGUAAGCCGUACUACCGCGAGCAUAAGCCCACUAUAGAGAUGAGCUUAAGAGAGCAUCUGCUCGCGGCAGGCGCUGGCCAGCCCACCCCGCAGACGCUCGCCCAGCAUCCACAGCAGCAUCCUCACACCAACGGCCCGCCGCACGCCAUUGACCCGGCCAUAGCAGGCGCUGCCUAUGCCAUGAGUGCCGGCGAUGAUGGAAACACGAGUGAAGGGCGCUCCAAAGGUCGGCGCGAGCUGUCCACGUCAAAGCGCGCUGCACAGAACCGUGCUGCCCAACGCGCAUUCCGGCAGCGCAAGGAGGAGUACAUCAAGCAGCUCAAGGAUCAGGUCAAGGAAUUCGAACAGCUAUGCGAGCUGUACAAGACGCUGCAGUCGGAGAAUUACCAACUGCGCGACUACAUCAUCAACCUCCAAUCGCGCCUCCUCGAGACUCAGGGCGAAAUACCACCUGCGCCCGCUGGCGUCGACCUGAACCGUCCCCAUGGUGGUCCUUCGAGUCUGAAUCAGCCCCAGCCACAACCACCGCAGCACAUUCAGUCACCAGAGCCACUACAGCAGCAGCCGCAACAACAACAGCAACAACAACCACCGCAGCAGCAGCAGCAGCAGCAGCAGCAGCAAUCACAGCAACAGCCACAGCAAUCACAACAUCAGCAACAACAACAAAGAAGUCCCAGCAGCAAUAACGGGGGGCUCUCGGAGCGCCAGAUUGGAGAGCUCCAGAUGGCAGCACAAGCAGCCGCGGCUGCUCAGCAUGGUACAGCGGGCACGAAGCAUUCUAGCCCAGAAGGCUCCUAUGACUAUGCAGCCGCAGAGAAGCGUCAGAAGGUUGAAGACUCGCCGCAAGACAACAUGAAACUAAAAUUCAAAUGA